AAAUUCAUUCCCUGUACUGUCAGUACACCAUGCAAUUUGCAGCUGUACGAGUACGAACUACAGCCGUUGUGCGGGGAAUUUACAGGCAUUGUUGGGGUGCGAGAAGUUGCCGGUUUUCAGGAGUCGAUUCCGCUGUGUUUAGAAGGUCCAUAGCAAAAACAGUCAAUAUGAAUGCUGAAGGAAAACCUCGAGUCUACGUAACUCGGAAAAUCCCCCAAGAAGGCCUUGAUUUACUAUCAAAAGAAUGUGAGGUAUCAAUUUGGGACUCUGACGAUGCUGUCCCUCAGGAUGUACUGCUCCAGAAUGUACCAGGCAUCAGCGGUCUCUAUUGUCUUCUAUCAGAUCGUAUCACUGCCGAGGUGAUGGAUGCUGCAGGGCCGAGCUUGAAAGUCAUCAGCACCUUGUCUGUAGGUUAUGAUCACAUCAACGUUGAUGAAUGCAGGAAGAGAGGGAUCCGUAUAGGUUACACGCCAGGUAUUCUAACUGAUGCUACAGCUGAGCUUACUGUAGGUCUUCUAUUAACAACAUCAAGGAGACUCUCUGAAGGCAUCGCCAAUGUCAAAAACGGAGGUUGGGGCACUUGGAAGCCGAUGUGGCUAACAGGACCAGGUCUUCUUAACAGUACAGUGGGUCUAGUUGGACUAGGGCGGAUAGGUAUGGCCAUCGCCCAACGUCUCAAGCCAUUUGGGGUCAAGAGAUUCCUCUACUCUGGAAACACCAAGAAACCUGAAGCAGAUAGUCUGCCAGCUGAAUUUGUUCCCUUUGAGACACUUGUCAAAGAAUCUGGUUUCGUGGUGGUCAGUUGCUCUCUCAAUGCUCAAACCAAAGGUCUCUUUAACAAACAAGUCUUUGAGAUGAUGAGCUCCAAUGCCAUCUUUGUCAAUAUAAGCAGAGGAGCUGUAGUAAAUCAAGAUGACCUUUACGAGGCCUUGAGCACUGGUCAGAUCAGAGCAGCUGGUCUGGAUGUGACCACACCUGAACCUUUACCCACUGACCAUCCUCUCCUCAAACUAGAUAACUGUGUUGUUUUCCCCCACAUCGGCAGUGCUGCUGAGGAGACAAGAAUAGCCAUGUCCAUACUUACUUCAAGAAACUUGUUAGCAGGUCUCAUGAGUGAAGAGAUGCCUGAAGAAGUUACAUUGUAACCCAGGUCUAGGGAUCUGUCCAUUAUACUACCAAUCCAAAGAGAAUGAUGAUAGCAGAUUCUUAUCUAGUAUUCUUGACUGUAAAAUAACACACUUCUGGUGCUCCACAAUGGCUUUGUUUUCGGGUGUCCUUUGUUAUAAUGCUUUGUUUCAAAUAUGACCCUCGCAUUGUAGUCCUUGAGGAUUAAUGUAAGUCAAGGGAAAACAAAUGGGGGAAAAGAUCAUAUUGGACUUCCAUGUUAUUAAUGAGGAUAUAGUAAAGCAAAAAAUGUAAAUGGACAUAAAUUACUCUUCUGAUGCCUUGAAAAUCAUUUGAAGAAAUUAUUUUAAACAGCCGAAAAUUUUCAUUCAAAUGUUUUGUAACAGUCCCAAACUAUGAGCAGAAUUCAGUCCAUUUUGGACCUUACAGCAUACACUGGUUUUUUAGAUGCAGUAUAAUCAAUAUUUCCUUAUCAGUUUCAGACAUUUACUACAUAUCAAACUUUUGAGUAGAACUGAACUUCUUUAAUUUGUAUAAAGGUAUGUUGGAACUAAAUGGAAACCCCAGAUUAUUUAACUGAAACACCCCUGUAGUUUGGAGUUAGUUCUUACCAAGAAAUUUUGUCAUGGAAGUAUUUUUACAAUGUGUAUGCAAGAAUCUGUGUACAACCAGGUUAUAGAAAUAGUGCAGCUGAAAAUUAUUUAUUGCUGACCUUGGAGAUGAUGAAGAUACCUCACUAUUGUCACUAGUACUGUAUGAAUAUCUCAUAUUUAACCCAUGUGUACUAAAGUAUCCAUUCUUUGAUAUUCAAAGUCAAUUAAGUCUGUUAAGCUGGAAACCCAUUAUGGAAGAGAGAUCUAUACCACUUAAUGAAGCUGUCUUUUCAGGUCUGAAAUGACCUCAUUUGUGAUGAAAUGUCUGCUCUAUUUAUUUGUUUUUGAGGUCAUUUGAAAUGUCAGUUUUCUGUCUGUUUUGUUUGCUGGGAUCAUAUCCCAAAAUUGACUAUAUUUUUUUUUAACAAAGUAGCACCUAGUAGACACAUAGUGUCAUAUAAUUUGUCUUUAUAGACAGCCAUCAUAUUCCUUUUCUUGUAUUCCAUAUCAGUAUUCAUUUCUGGUGCUGCUAAAUAAGAUACAAAUUGCCAUAUCUCAGAUAGAAUAUUAUAAUGGAUAGACCAAGAUCAAAGGUUAUUUGAGGUUAGAAUUUGAUCUUAAGUGUAUAAAAUUUUAAAAAAGCUUACUCCAUAAAAAUUUUGCAUACUUGUAAAGAGUGACCAAAAUUAAAAAUCAUGUGACAAGAUUUUAAGGUCGCUAAAUUGAUUUUCAAUGUCAUUUCAGCUCUAAUAAUUACACAUUUUAGAAGAAAAGUAGAUUUAACAGUAUGCAUUUGGCAAUGCAUUAUCUCCAAGGGUAAUUUAAUAUUCAAGAUAAAUUUGAAUAGCUCCAAAUUACAUAUUUUUGUUAACUCUUGUACUCACUUCAUUGUUUUACUCAUGAACAUUACUUGGUGGAUUUUGAAAUGUGAUUUUCAUAGCUGCCAAAGUUUGAUUACUAAGGGCACCACUUGCCCAGCAAAAUUUCUCCUUUCAUUCAAUUAAAGAAAAAAAAUCAGGGUUUUUGCUCGCAAAUUUGAAAAAAAAUGUGUACUGUAAGUGGAUCCAUACAGAUGGUUUUCACAUACUAGUAUUUCUUAAGUUAAGUUAAUGAAAGAUGGGCAUUCAGAGUUUUCCAUAGGAGCUAGAUGUAAACUGAUGGUUUAAGGCUGUAUUUAUAUACUGCAGUUAUGCUUUGAGUGCCAAUUGUAAAUUGAGGCAUGUGAAAUGUAUGUAAUAAACAUCUUUAUCAAAAUAA